UACCAAGACCAAUUAAGCUUUGCGUGAGGCAGAGGGAACUGUGUGUGAGUGUGUGUGAGUGUGUGUGAGUGUGAGUGUGUGAGAGAGGAAGAGAACUGUGUCUACGCUGUUGAUUAAUGCCACUGGGUCUAACAAGCUCAGCUAAUUAGAGAACAUCAAAGAGCGAGAGGUGGCGCGAAGAGAAAGAUGGGGAUGGAUGGAGGGAUGAUGGAUAGAUGGGUGGACGUCUGUUGCAGGCAGAGGGAAAGAUAUCAGGAUGUCAAAGCCAGUAGAGGUCGAGAAAGUAGGGGCUGACUCACCGUUGGAGGGCACAGAUUCUGAGCGGAAUGGACCUGAAUCAAAUCACCAGGCUCAGUCAAUGAAAGUUAAUCCCUUUCCCCUGUCACCAACGCUGAGCAGCAGCAAGAAUAAGAUGGAGGAGUGUGGUGAGAUGUCCCCGGCCCUUCCUCCCUCUCAUGGCCCGACCCCCUCACAGACAGCCCUGCAACAUACACAGCUCAUGCUGACCGGCUCCCAACUAGCAGGGUUGACAGCUCUGUUGCCAGCACAGCAGCAGUUGUUGCUGCAGCAGGCUCAGGCGCAGCUCCUUGCUGCGGCCGUGCAGCAGUCCAAUGCAGCCCACGCCGCUCACGCUGCCCACGCAGCUGCUCAAGCCAAUCAGCAAGCUCAGGCAGCCGCAGCAGCAAAUCAGCAAGCCCAGCAGCAGCAGCAGCAGCAGCAGCAGCAGCAGGUGGGACAAACGGGUCAGCAGGCUCAGUCGCAGUCCCAGGGACAGAGCACACAGGAACAGACAGGCCAAAGUGUCCCUGUCCCACCUCCUCCGCCCCAGCUCACCCUGUCCCAGCCAAUCCAGCUCACCGCCCAGGACAUCCAGCAGUUGCUGCAGCUUCAACAGUUGGUGUUGGUGCCUGGCCACCCGCUCCCAUCUCCUGCCCAGUUCCUUCUCCCACAGGCGCAGCAGUCCCAGCAAGGUGGGGACGCUUCAUUCAUGAGACUCCUAUCGACACCAAAUCUUAUUCCGCUACCUCAGCAAAACCAAGGGAGCCUGCUGUCUGCUCCAACCAGAAUGGGACUUCAAGCACAGCGAGACAAGAGUGUGGAGGUGAGCGGUGGCGGAGGUGUGACCACGAUGCCCUCAGUGACCUCUCACUCCGAGGAGCCCAGUGACCUGGAGGAGCUGGAGCAAUUCGCCCGCACUUUCAAACAGAGACGCAUCAAACUGGGCUUCACACAGGGAGAUGUAGGCUUGGCCAUGGGGAAGCUGUACGGCAAUGACUUCAGCCAGACAACCAUCUCCCGCUUUGAGGCCCUCAAUUUGAGCUUUAAGAACAUGUGCAAGCUGAAGCCACUGCUGGAGAAGUGGCUCAAUGAUGCAGAGACCAUGUCUAUAGACAGUACCCUGCCUAGCCCCAGCUCCUUGUCCUCUCCCUCUCUGGGCUUCGACGGGGUCCCUGGUCGCCGCAGAAAGAAGAGAACCAGCAUUGAGACGAAUGUACGCGUGGCCCUGGAGCGCUCAUUCAUGACGAACCAGAAGCCUACCUCAGAGGAGAUCCUGUUGAUCGCCGAGCAGCUCAACAUGGAGAAGGAGGUGAUCCGGGUCUGGUUCUGCAACCGCCGGCAGAAAGAGAAGCGCAUCAAUCCCACCAGUGCCACCCCUCCCCUGCCCAACCAGCCCCCCACUGCCCCACCAACGCACAAACCGCCCUGCUACAGCCCUCACAUGAUGUCCAGCCAGCUGUCGCAGGCCGUGACCAGUCUCAGCAGCACAACAGUGUCUACCAUGUCCUCCGUCUGCCCCCUGACUUCCAGCCUCACCUCCACCCACCCCUCCCUCAGCUCAACCCACCCCUCUCUCAGCUCCGCACCCUCCCCGGUGACCCCUCCUCCUCCUCCUCCCCGCAGCACGGCCAGCCCAGCCACUCCCAGCCACAGCACACUCAAUCUUAACACAGGCUUAUGGCGUAUGGGUAAAAAGAACGGUGACGUGUCUAACUACAUCACCGAUUUCGCUGCAAACUUGAGCCCUAGCAGCCAGUGGUGGCCAGCUGCCUCUUUCCAGUCUUGAGGGGGGUAGUAAGGUGAUGCUGGGGGCCUCCGGGGGCCAGGCUGGGGGCCUCCCGUCUUCCCUCUUCCUCAACCACCCGGCCCUCCUCCACAUGGGCCAGAACCCCGGCGCUGGACUGGUCAGCGCCGCCGUAGCCAAAGCCUCCCAGCCCUCCCCCUUCCCCUCGGCCAGCAGCAUCAGCCCCACCCCCUGCUCACCCUCCCCUUGCUCCAGCCCCGCCUCUUCCUGCUCCUCCAGCGAAAUGGCACACAGCCCGCCCUCCCUGGGCGGGGCCAAGAUUGAGUGACCACGCCAAGGGCCAAUCAGAGAGGAGGAGGAAGGAGGAAACAGGAACCUCGCCUUUCACACCAAAGCUAUCUCUUUCUCUCUCUUUUGCGCUCUUCUUCCGUUAUUUUAUUUUAUUUUUUUUUUUUGCAAUGGUUCUCUCCCUCUCUCUCUCCCAGUCUUUCGAUGCCAAAAAUACACAGAAUGAAAGAUGAGAGAGAGAGGGAGGGAAAGAAAUGAAAGAGGGGAGAAGGGGGGGAAAGAUUGAAACCAAAAAUCUUUAUCUAUCCAAACAGAUGGAGAAGAGGCAACGUGGGACCUUUUUGUCAAUAACAUGAUAUCGACAUGGCACCUCUCCACUCUUUCUCUCUGAGGGAAAACACACCAAUGACGCUUUAACAAAGAGACGGAGGAGACGGCAGAGUCGCAUGUCGAAGUGCAUAAACCAAAAAUGACAAACGAUAACUUUACUAUAUGACAAAGGAAUGGCGGCAAGGACAAAAAAAAUGGCGGACAGCGCUUACAUUUUCCUUUUUUUUUUUGGUUAUUAUUUCGAAAAAGCUGCGGGUCUAAAGGAAGAGGAGUAGGGAGGAUAAGUUUAAACCAAAAAUUUACCUGAGGAGGAGGCGGAGGAGGAAUACACAAUGACAAAAAAAAAGAAAAAGAAAAAAAAAAACGUCAACCAUACCAAAAUCCCAAAUACCAAAAAUACGGAGAGAAAAGCUUUAUUCAAAGGACGUGUAAAUACUGAAGCUAUCCAGGACCAGGACUCUACUGCUACUGCUACUUACACACACACACAAACACACACACAUCAAGAGCCAAUCCAUCCCGCCAUCAAUUCAUCCUGUCUGUGUUAGCUUAUGAGCUCAUGUGUCUCUUAUAGGUUUUCAUGCUAGAUAUUUUGGAUAUUUUUUGUAAAAGCUGUUAUUGAGUCCAAAGCUCAUAUAUGAAUAAUUGCCAGUAACUGCUGUUUUUUCACGCGUUUAGUCUCUUUACCUACCUCUGGUUCUGAGAGCAUAGAAAAGCUUUCUUCUCUACUUUUUUAUUUCACAUUUCCCUGACACAGUCUUGUUAUUCAGUAUCUAUUUUUUACACUUUAAGAAGUACAGUUGGGAUUUUUGUUUUUAUUAUUUAUUAGUGUUAUUUUACAAUCCAGCUCCUAUUUAUUGUUGCAGCCUCUUUUUUUUUUUUUUAGCUUUUGGGGUUUGAAUCAUCAUCACUGUCAUCAUCUUUGUAUUCAUCAUGUUUUGUGUCAUCGACAUGCAUUUUGUUUUUUAACGUGACUUUUCUGGAAAUGACAUAGGUAAAAAAAAAGAUGCUUGUCUCAGUCCUCACCAAGUGCCAAUAGAUCAAAAAUAAGAGUUGGCACGCUGCGAGUUGAUUUCAAGGGUGUGAAUGAAUUUAUUAAGACCUAAAACAUGUGACAUUUUGUGCUCUUAAUCAGACCACUCUUCUCCUCACUCUUAAAGAUAACCCAUUAUCAGUGACUCCGUGGCUAAAUGAACAUGCCCUGGAAACUUCACACACAGAAAAUGGUGUUUGUUAAGAGUGGCGACCAUUUUGAAAGUAUGAAAUAGGGCUGUGAUUGGAGAUUUGAAGUAAUAACCGUUGAGACUGAAGGCUAAAUAAGUCAAUAAAGCCAAGUUUAGUCACAGCUGGCUCUCAUUCCUGCCUCAUCAAUCAGCAUAGCCCCCCCGACACCUGUCUGUCUAGACAUGUUUACUGAUAUUUGUCUGUUUCCAUCAUCACUCCAUCAAUCACAUUUCACUGUCAUUUUCCACCUCAGACUGCCAUUAAUUCUCAAAAUGGAAACCAAAGCAUUUUCAAGGCUGGGCUUGUGUUAGAAAGAGCCUCAGCCUCAGACAUAUGAACACAAUAAAGACACCAAUGGGUGGGGUGGUGGUGGUGGUGGUGUGGGGUCUGAGAACAGGACGUUACCUCUGGAAGCCCCACCCCCCCCCUCACCCCACCCCUCCUCUGGUGUAAUCCCCUCCACCUGGCCCGUUGGAAAAAAAACCCAUGGGGGAAGCUUUAUUUAGGGAACUGAUCCUUUACACUGACCCCCCCCCCCCUUACUCAGAAAGAGGGGUACGCUGGGACAGGCAAAGGAGGGACACACUGUAGUGAGGGGAGCAGGCUUCACACUUUUUUUGUAAGAGGAUACCAAAAAUAAACCCAAACCAAACCAAAAAAAAACCCAAACACACAACCCAAGGAAUGACAGAACUAAACCAAAAAGAACCCUAACCAAAUGUGGCUGGAGGGAGGAGGGGAGGAGGACAAAGUGCAGGUGUUUAAAAAGAAGCGAAGCCGUCGUAUCUCUCUGUCUGUCUGUCUGUUAGCUUUAGGGCUGCAGCACUCGCCCCACUCUGAAACUGUGUAGCAUGGAUAGACAGAUGAAUAAGACAGGCAGAUAGACAGGAAGAUAGAAGAAGAAGGACUGACAAUUCCUCCCCUCCUCUGCCUCUCUCCAGCUCAGCUCUCUGGUCCUGGAUGGAGCUAAACGCAAAUGACCUCACUGAACUGAAAUCUUCUAAAAAAAAAUCUGUUUUUAUUUUUCUGUUGGUUGGUUCUGAUUGUUUUAAUCUCUGCUGUGUCUCUUGAUGCCGUUUUAUGUACUGUACUUUAGUGCUUAUUACUCAUUUGGAAUAACGUACUCGCUUACUUACUACAAGAGCUCCUUAUUUUUUUCGUAGUCGUGCUAGAGAUUUUUAUCAGGUGGUUGGAAAAAAUACUGUGAAAAUUUAGCUUCCAGAUUUUUAUUAGAUAAAGAAACAGACUGUCUCGGCAGAAAAACAAAAGACAACACAAAAAGCCAAAAACAAAGAGUUGAAUAGCAAACCUUAAAAAUACCAAACCAAAUACUGAUCUAAACCAAACACAGUGAAGAGGAACAGGAACUGCCCUCUCUGCAUGAGGGCAAAGAAAGGGGUUAGUGUCAGUUUGUCUGAGGUGGAACUGUGUGUUUUUCUGUAUAAAAGUGCUGAUGGGAUGGUUAAAAAAAAAAGAAAAUGAACAGGUACCACAGUGAUGACGCUUUGAGAUACAGAAUAAUACACAAAGAAAAAACAGCCUCAGUCAAGUUGAUGGUUUGAGAGUUGGACGUAAACGUAUCCAAAGAAUAUUUGGUUUGGUCCACACACCAGUAAAAAAAAAAAAAAAAAAAAAACCAACACAGUCGACACACGAGAAUCGUUUCAUGAACCAAACUUUAGAUGUGGGGUUUGCACCUUAAAGGUGAAACCUUUUCUCCACAUUGACUCUUAGACGGAAUGUAUCUGUUAGUGCUUCUAUAGAUUUUGUAGAAAAAAGAUCUAUGUUCUACUGCUUACUUAUCGCUAAUGUAUUAAAAAGAAAAAACUUACAAAAAAGACUUUGAGAAAAAAAAAGAUCCUAAAAAAAACAUUGAUGAUAAUAACUUGAUUUUAGACCAAAAAUUUUAACUAUCUCUCUUUGGACUUUUUAUUUCUCCUUAUAAACAAUGAUUUAGACUUUUGAUUGUACUAUUUAUUCGGGUAGGGUUGAUUUAUUUGCUUGUUAUCUUCUUUUAUCUUGCUAUUUAUUUGUUAAUUUAUUUCUAGAGGUGCUUUUUUCCAUAUUCUGAGAUGCAUUUGUGAUGGAUUUUUUUUUCUAGCCCCCUGCUGAAGUUCUUUCUUACCUCUUUAAACCAAAUAAUACCAGAAAUGCAACCACGGGUCCUGUAGGGACUUAAUGAGAGAAUAUGGUGUGAAGAUAUUCUCUUCCUCACUGAGACGACUCUCCUCUUAAAGGGGAGGGGAAGCUCGUGGUAGUGAGAGGCAGCACCGUGUAGAUGGACACCUCGCGAUUUAAUGAAGGGGGAAAAAUGAAUUUCGUAUGAAUUUGCAUCUCCUGAUAAUGAGACAAAACAAAAAAAAGCGAGUUGGAAUCCUGUUUCAAGGCAUAAACGUGAUUUAUGUGUGGGGAAAAAAACAGCGUGUGGUGCUCUCUGAUGCACAGUGCUGCUUCUGUUCUCUAUAUUUUCUCCACAGGGAGAACACACUGAAAGCUUUACAGCUACACAACCAAAAAAAAAACACAAAAGAAGAAGAUCAACUGGGGCAGAGGCUUAAGUUUUUUACAUGAUAGAGAGGAAAGGAGGAGGCAAAAGAGAAAGAGGGUGAUUUUGGAUUCCCAGCCGUAAAUCGCCCUCUAGCUUCUCACUUUGUCUUUGUCUCUUUUUUAUGUUUCUGUAUCUCUUUUUGUUUCCACUUUUCUGUAAGUUUUGUUUCAACUUUUUUUCCCUUCAUCCACUGUAGUGUGUAAAAAGAGAGAUAGUUCAUCAUAUACCUCAUAUUCUUUGAUGAUAAACCAAAUAGAUGAAUGCUUUAAAAAUGUGGGGUUCAAGUGGGGAUCAGGGCACCGGGAUGGUACAUGUGGACGGUGUGUGUGUGUGUGUGUGUGUUUGUGUGGCUCCCGCGAGCAAGACACAGUGAGGCCAGGUCAAAGGUCAUUGUCCUAAUGGAGGUAAACAUAGAGGGGUUGGGAUUGAUCUGGGAGUUAAGAGAUCAUUGAAUAGACUGCAGCUUUUCUCCAUUGGAUUCAGAAGGUGUCAUUUGAGGUCAAAAAGGCCACACUAGUUCAUGCUCCGGUCACACACAUACACACACACACAGAUACACAUUCACACCUUGUCCCCCUGGAAAACACACCCCGCUGUCUGUGUUGAGCUUUGAACACAGUCCUCUCCUCAUAUCUGACCCUCGCUGCCUCCUCCCUGUCAAACAUGGACAGCGGGCUUAAAGCUGCUCUUUGCCACAGAUCUAGGAUCAAAUCUGGAUCCAUUUUCAGCUUAAAAAAAAAAAAGCUUUUAGUUUUGUGCCUCAGAGCAACUUUUAUCACAGAGGUCGCCAAGCCCCUCUCUCGCCUUGAGGUCUUUAUUGCCUGAUGAGGGGGGCCAUAUUGACCACUCGAUCUCCAUGUGUAUCAGGGAGCGCCGCAGGGGCAGGUGACGGGGGAACGGCUGAGACCGAGGUUGCUAGGUGACGACUCCAGACAACUUCUCACUGCUCUGUGUUUGUUGAGAGAGUGGAAGUCGGAGGGAGAGAUGUGCACAGCACUGAACCGAGGAAAAUGGAGGAAGCAGAGUUGCACUUUUAUUGGAGCCUCAGGGUUUUUAGGGACCAGGUGGCAAGCGCAGGUCUCUGUGGUGGGGAUACCCCCCUUAGUGAAUGAUACCAAAGUCAAUGCCCUGCCUCGGGAUCCAGUGCAAUGCACACACUCCCUAGAACCCUGACAUCCACCUGAGUGUUCAGAAACUCCACCUUCCUCCGUUCAGAUGAUCUGCCUGCAAAUACAUGAGUGUGUCUUUCUCCACACAAUUACAUCUUUACAACAGAAACCAUAAAGGUAGCUUUAAAGGAAUCAUUCAACUUUAUGGGAAAUACCAUUCUCAUAUCUGUUUGGUAAAUGUGAAGCUUAUGCUCGCAGCCAGUUAGCUUAGCUUAGCACAAACACUGGAAUCAGAGGGAAACAGCUAGCCUGACUCCAAGAGAUCACUGCAGCUGGCCAAGCGCAUUUUAACUAAACAUAAAACCACAAAUUGUUAUUUUAACACUUUGUCUUUUGUACAAAUUAAACAAAUAAGAUGUAAGAUUUUAAUCACUGAGCUUUAGAGGUGUUGGUAAGCUAAUUUUUUUUUAGCUCUGGACAUGAGUAGUGUUCAGUACAUGAAUGAAUGAAUCUUCAGGUUCAACCUACUGUAAUGAAUCAUUAUUGUCAGUAGCUUUUUACCCUGGAGCUCCACUCACUGGUGACUGAAAGCACCACUAUGAGCUCAGCCUUAAAACACACUCUGUUAUCACCUGGUUAAAAGCUGAUUGAAAGAUAAUUAUGGUGUGAUAAUUCUGUUGCAAGUGGCUGGGAAGCGUAUGAGCAGCCAGUACCAGACUUGAACUUAUCACUGAGCAUCGCAGCAGUAUGAAUGGGAAUGAGUUCGCUUCCUGCUGCUCACGCUGAAGUGUGUUUGAGCAGCGAUGCGAGUGCAAACUGCACAGUCAGUGACUACACAUUUCUGAACUGAACAAAAAAUGAUUUGAAUCAGCAAAGUGAUUCAUAAUUUCCACCUCAUAUAGACAGAGCAAGUUUAGCUUUUUUCCAGCCUUUGUGUUAAGCUAAAGUAACCAACUCCUUGCUGUAGCUUCCUCAUACAAGAAUUGUAUCAAUCUUCUCAAUUAAGUUUUGGCAGGAAAAUGUUCAAAUGCAAGAAUCAGGAACCGAACUUGAUUUAAAUCAUGUGAGAAUAAGCAUAUAUCUCUGAACACUGACGCCAUGAGAGAUGUAACUGUCGUUGGAGAACGAGUCACAGCGAGCAGAGCAAAGAAAACAACAAGCUGCUACUUCUUCCUCCACCCACUCUCAUCCACACAUACACACUCUUCCUCUCUCUUCUCAUCCCUUUUCUUUCUCUCUCUCUCCUCUACAAUACAGCUUUAGUCCAAAGGUUCUCCAGCAACACAGCAAAGCGAGUCAGAUGUUAAAGAAUAAAACCAAAGAGCUCUAACUUGACCUUCUCUUCAACACAAAGCCUCCACUGCAUCCUUCACCUCUCUCUCUCUCUCUCCCUCUCCCUCUCCCACUCUUCUUGUCUGCUCUCCUUUAAUUCCUCUGUCACCUAGCGAGCCAGUCUUUAAAGCAUUAACCUCAGCUAUCCAAAGGGAAAUAAUAAUAAUGAUAAUAAUGAUGAUAAUUAAGAUGAUGAUGAUGAUGAAAUGUAUAUUUUUAAGUAUUUGCCAUUGGAAAAAUAAUCUUAAAGCUUCUCAUAAUUAUGAUGAUCAUGAUGACGAUGAUGACGAUGACAACAACGAAGAUGAUGAUGAUGAUGAUGAUGAUGAUGGUAAUGAAGUUUCUCUUGGUAUCUUUGUAGCUGUUCUGAUCCUUCUUAAGUUCUUGUCCUUUCUGCUCGUGCUGCCAGAGUACUGCUUAACUCCCAUCCACCCCCCCCCCACCCCCCUCCACCCACUCCUCCCCCCCGUUCAUUUGGUUUACCCCCGAUGUCUGGUCCUAAUGUCUAACUGUCUGACCCCCCCCCCCGAAUGUUUGUCUAUGCCUUUCUGUGUGUGAGAGAUAGAGUGGUACUGGCAAACACUGACAAGGGGAAGUUUGAGAUUUUCUCUGGAAGUGGUUUCUGUUAAAGAGGGGAGGGCUUCAGUCAAUUGCAUGCCCACCUGUGAGCGAGCAAGUGUGUGCUGUAGUGUGUGUGUGUGUGUGUGUGUGUGUGUGACAGGGUGGGGGAGGGGUGGAGGGGGGGUUGCUGGGAAAUGUGAAGGGUGUGGUUCGCUGCAGCAAUUUGCAAAAAACAGACAAAAAGAUUCCUUGUUCUUUGGACAACGACAAGCCCCCAAGACACAUGACCUGCGCUGUCAACUGUAACGUACUGUUUGCCAACUUCCUAGUACAUGUAGCUUUAAUUCCCCGUCACAACAGUCACCUUGUUUCCUCAAUAUGUGUGUGUGUGUGAGUGUGUGUGCGUGCAGGUAUGAUUGUAUUGCCAUGACUCCCCCCUUUGUGUCUCCCAUCCUUUGAGCAGCUCCCUCUCUCCCCUCCCCUCCUGCCCCUUCCCUUUCUGUCUCCCACCUUCUUCUCCCUUGUGGUAGCAAGUUAGCCUUUUAGUGUAUUUAUCUCGAAAACCAAAAAAAAGAAAAAAAGUAAAAUAACUCUGCUUGUUCAUUGUACAGUGUUGUUCAUUUUAAGUCAUUUUUGUAACUGAAAGUGUUUCAUUCAUCCAAAUAAAACAGGAGACAAAAACUGUA